CUUUAUCUGUGCGUCAAGGAAGUCAACGUCCACUUUGAAAUAGCACACCAUGCAACCAAUAUUCCUGUCCGCCCUAGUCCUCAGCCUCCUGGCGGGUGCCCUCGGCGACACCGUCAACCCGGACACCGCCCCCGAGACCAACGUCCACCGUGUCCCGCUGUCAGCCCUUCAGUCAUCGGAGUCCGUGUCUUACCACGUCCCAGCCGCUCCACCCCCAUCCCACACCCAAUCCCAUGCCCCAUCCCACGCUCCGAGCCACGUCGCUCAUCAUACGUCCCACGCCUCCCACGCGAGCCAUCGAAGUCACGGAAGCCACGCGGGUCAUGGCCUCUACGCAUCCUCCGCCUCAUCCUCAUCCUCGAGCUCUCAGCGUCGAUUCCCCGCCAUCGCCAUGCUGUUCCCAACGACGCUAACUCCGUACCAGAACAACCCUCCUCCUCCUCCUCCUGCAUCUAGCGUUCAUAUGCGCGACUCGCACACCGCCAAGUAUCAAAACAGCGAACUACCUUACGAAAGCAGACGACCAACAUUUUCGAGCGAAGUAGUUCCGCAAGCCGCCGCUAGGCAGCCCCAAUCUUACAGCCAGGUGGGUAAGGUGCACCAUUUUGGGUCGUACUCGCAUCCUCCGGUUGAACCGGUUGAAAAACGACCCCACGAACCAACGUACGACGUGUCUGGAGUUCACGAAGCACCAGGGAGGUUCCUCUUCGAUCGCCAGCCAGCACCGGUUGCACCAGAACAUGAAAGGCCACGACCUGCCCCCGUGCAUCACUCGUACGAGCCACGUGACAAGCAGCAGGUUCACCGCGGUCUCAAGUACGCCGUCAACGACUUAAAGCCGAACCCGUUUCAGCCAGAGAAACCCGAAGAACCUAGAGAGUACGAACCGCGUCCCGUCAAAUACAGCAGCAUACAGAACGCGGAAGAACUUUUCGGCGCUCCAGGACCUUUCAGGACUGGAAGGCAAGAAAUACGUCCAGAAGAGCGACCAGAGUUCGUCCGGGAGGCCCCCAAACAACCGGAACAGCAACCUUAUAGAUACGGCAGGAACCAUCAAGAUGGCCGUCUCGAGGAGACGCCCUCCAAUGAGAAAGCGACGACGUUUCAAGGUUACCCAAUCGGGCUCUUGAACUCCAUGAACAUACCGAGUGCGGGAGUCAGCAGCAGCGCUACGGGCGGAGGCAGCGCCUCUUCCAGAAGGCGAUACAACUUAGUUUACAUUCCGGUCGAUGUGUUGAAGAAAUUGUUGACCGAAGCCGGUUACAAGAAGAAGAAAUAGCGGGCGCUGAUUGGCGGGGGAUGUCACCUGAAAGAUGGAGGCCGACAAAGCUGAUUAGCCUGCUGAAGUUGUUCUCGAAGGAAGGAAGAUUUCGCCAAGCGACCUAGCUUUGUCCUGCGCAGGCGUGAUAAGACAGACUGGCCGCGGCGUUUUGCGGAUGGGUGGAGAGAAAGUGUUGUCUGCUUCAUCGAGAUGCUGUGUAUA